AUGUUGAGAUCCAUCCGUUCUUGUCGCUCUGUCUGGGCUGUCAGAGCUUCGCGUUUGAGACUUCCUGCCGUUGCCGUGGGAUCUGCUCAUUUUGUUAGAUCGGCUUCCCAGUUGGCUCAUGUUAAGGUUCCAUCUUCACUUGCCAAUGAACCAGUCAAGGAAUUUUCUUUCAACCAUCAAAAAGACUGGGAUCUUUUGCGUGCAUCCAUUACAAAGUUCACCGAUAAUGGCCCCUUGGAUAUUCCUUUGGUUAUUGGAGGAAAGCGUAUUUUGGAUAGACCCACCUUCACUCAGGUGAAUCCAGCCAAGCAUUCCCAGCAAUUGGCAAUUGCUCGUCAAGCCACAGUGGAAGACGUCAAGAAUGCAAUUGCAGCCUCCAAGGAGGCCAAGGCUAAAUGGGCCAGCAUGCCCUGGACAGACCGUGCUGCCGUGUUCUUAAAGGCUGCAGACUUGAUCUCCACCAAAUAUAGGUACGACAUGUUGGCUGCCACCAUGUUGGGCCAGGGCAAGAACGUGUAUCAAGCCGAGAUCGAUAGUGUGGCCGAAUUGGCUGACUUCUUCAGGUAUAACGUGAAGUACGCAGAAGAGCUCUAUCAGGAACAGCCUCUCGAGUCUGCACCAGGUGUGUGGAACCGAGCUGAGUACAGACCUUUGGAAGGUUUUGUUUAUGCGGUGACUCCCUUCAAUUUCACUGCCAUUGCCGGAAACUUGGUGGGAGCACCCGCCUUGAUGGGUAACACCGUGGUGUGGAAACCUUCGGCCACUGCUGUGCUCUCUAACUACUUCUUGUUGAGUAUCUUGGAAGAGGCUGGCUUGCCUGCUGGUGUGAUCAACUUCAUUACUGGAGAUCCAGUGCAGAUCACCGAUGUGGUUGUCAAUGACCCUGACUUUGCUUCGUUGCACUUCACCGGAUCCACCGACGUGUUCAAGUCGUUGUAUGGCACAAUCGCUUCCAACUUGGCCAAAGACGUUUACAGAGACUAUCCUAGAGUUGUCGGAGAGACCGGAGGUAAGAAUUUCCACUUGAUCCAUCCUUCUGCAUCGGUCUUCCACGCUGCAUUGUCCACUUUGAGAGGAGCUUUCGAGUACCAAGGACAGAAAUGUUCAGCCACCUCCAGAGUGUAUGUUGCUGAGUCUGUGUGGCCAGAAUUUGAGGCUGCCCUCACGCUGGCCAUGGACGGAAUCACCAUUGGCGACACCACUGACCCUUCCAACCUUCAUGAUUUCAUGGGACCGGUUAUUCAUGAGGCAUCGUACGACAAGUUGGCUGGUGUGAUUGAGCAGGCCGAAAAGGACCCAGAGUUGACUAUUCUUAAGGGUGGCAAGACCGACAAGGCUACUGGAUUUUUUAUUCAGCCUACAUUGAUCCAGACUUCCAACCCGGACCACGAAUUCUUGUCCAAAGAGUUCUUUGGUCCAGUUCUCACCGCUUACGUCUACCCAGAUGCUGAGUAUGAAGCUAUCAUGAAGAAGAUUGACACUAGUACCAAGUAUGGAUUGACAGGUUCUGUGUUUGCCAGCGACCGUGAAGCCAUCCAGUUGGCAGAGCAGAACUUGAGGUACGCUGCUGGCAACUUCUACAUUAACGAUAAGUCCACUGGAGCUGUGGUUGCCCAGCAGUGGUUUGGAGGUGCCAGAAUGUCGGGAACCAACGAUAAGGCUGGAUCAGGUAACAUCUUGAACCGUUUUGUUUCUGUUAGAAACAUCAAGGAGAACUUCUAUGAGUUGACUGACUUCAAGUACCCAUCCAACUACGAAUAG